CUCCAUCGCUCCGGGGGGCCGGCGGCGCCGGGCUCGCCCCGUUUCGUAAGCGGGGCCGGGUGCGCGGGAACGCGUGCGCGGGGCGUGGGAUGAGUUCAGCCUCUUGGCGCCGUUCCCUGGAUCCCAUCCCUGGAAAUGUCACUGGAAACUCUGAAUGGGCCGGCCCCGCUCCAGAGCGGGGAGCGCUGGGGGGGCCGCGCACCCCGGGGGGGACCGGGGCACACGGGGACCCAACGCCGGCGAGGACGGUGCCUCCCGACCCUCCCCGGGGGAUGCUCUCGGGGGGUUCUCCCCGCCAGCCCCCCCGGGCCAUGCGCUGAGGCCCCCCCGCUCCUUCUCCCGGCGAAGUUCGUGCCGUGAAUUUUUCUUCCCUGCCUCUCGCAGCUCCGUCGCGCUCGUCCCGGGGCUCCCCAAAACUCCGGCGCUUCCCGGGGGUCCCCGUUGGCACCGGCCAGGAGGAACCGGCAGCGACCKCCGCGGCCCCAGCCCGGCUCCCCCCGGCCAUGGCGGGCCGGCUCCCGCACCCCGACCCCGGCCCGGCYCUGGGCACGGAGAGCGUCCCCCGCCUGCAGCCGCCUCCGCAGGUGUCCCCGCAGCACACGGUGACACGGGUGCCCGUCAUCCGCCACCGCGGCUCCAACACCCUCAACUUCCACUUCCACGACGCGGAGAGCCCCGGCGCGGCUGAKUCUGGCAAGGGAGCUCCCAAAAACUCAGUGAACGAUUGGUACCAGACCUGGCCGGCCAAGGAGGCGAAAGCCCCCGGUGCCCCGGUGCCAGCCCAUCCCUCGCCCAGCCCCAGGGCUGCCCCCACUUGCCCGCGGCCACCGGGCUGGUCGGCCACCUGGACCAAGGACAGCAAGCGGCGGGAGAGGCGCUGGGUGAAGUACGGUGGCAUCGGGCCCGUGGACGAGACGGGGAUGCCCCUGGCAUCGCGCUCGAGCGUCGACAGCCCCCGGGACUGGUACCGSAGCAUGUUCCGGCAGAUCCACCGCAAGCUGCCGGAGCCCGACUGGGACAGCCAUUCCUGCCCCGCCACCGGGCCCCCAUCRCCCGCCAGACCGCGGCGGAGGGGGUCAGCACCGGCCGAGCCCCCCGGAAUGCCCAACGGGAUGGACUGUUUAUUGGCGCAGCCGAGCUGGACUCCUUCGCUUCCCGCCGAGACUCGGCCCUCCUGGAUGAUUAAUUUUUCUCUCCCACCCCCUCCCGCUCCUCCCGGCAGAGCCCGGCGGCUGCUCCCACCGCUCGCUCCCCUGCUCCGGCCUCCGCGGCUGCUCGCCCCGUCCCUGGAUCUGGGACACCGCGUCCCGAGCUUUGGCUCCGUCCCAGGGGAGGUGACGGCGCUUGGGUUCGCACCGCUGUGUCCCCGUGUCCCCACGGACACGCGGGGGGGUGCUGAGGAACCCCGGGAUGGGCUGGGCACCCCGGGAUGGGMUKGGCACCYCGGGAUGGGGUUGGCACCCCGGGAUGGGGUUGGCACCCCGGGCUGUCCCCGCAGAUUCCUUUCUGCCCCGGCAGCGAGAGGAAAACAAAACAAACAAACAAGCGCCACCUCUUGUAGGACCUACCGUAACCCCCAGAGGCGCUCGGGGCGGAUCAUUUCCCCUCUCCCCAGCCCCUCCUCCGGCUUGGGGGGGCAUUUUGGGCUCUCUCAGUGCCCCCCGCAGCGGGGUUAUCCAUUAGCCAGCCCGCCCUCCCGGCGCUCGCCCGCUCCGCGCUUCCUGCUCGGCGGCGGCGGGGACGCGCUGCCGGCGCCGCCGGAAAACUUUGGACCCGUCCCGCUUGGCCGCCCCUGGGAUGGGACCCUGGAGGGGUGCGGAGAGCAGAGCCGGGUCCUGGGGGAACCCGGAGUCCUGGUAUUGGGGAGCCCCCUGUCACCCCAGCKGCUGUGGAGCCCCCCUGUCACCCACCGCUCACCUGUCACCCCCGGCAUGGAGCGGGGUGGGCUGGGGCUGCCCAGUGACCGGAGCCCCGGCAGAGACACCCUCAGGCCGGGGACCCUCCCCAGCCUGUCCGACCUGGGRGAUCCCGUGGAGGCCGUCAAGAAGGAGGAGAAGAAGAUGAAAGCUGCUCGCCUCAAGUUCAACUUCCAGGCUGAAUCUCCCAAGGAGCUGACGCUGCAGAAAGGUGACAUCGUCUACAUCCACAAGGAGGUGGACAGGAACUGGCUGGAGGGGGAGCACCACGGCCGCGUGGGCAUCUUCCCCUCCAACUACGUGGAGAUCCUGCCGCCCACCGAGGUGCCCAAACCCAUCAAAGCUCCGGCGCUCCAAGUGCUGGAAUACGGCGAGGCGCUGGCGCUCUACAACUUCCGAGGGGAUCUGCACGUGGAGCUGUCCUUCCGCAAGGGCGAGCGGAUCUGCCUGGUGCGGCGAGUGAACGAGAACUGGUACGAGGGGCGCAUCUCGGGCACCAGCCGCCAGGGCAUCUUCCCCGCCACCUACGUGCAGGUGCUGAAGGAGCCGCGGGUCAAAGGCACCGCCGAGGACAUCCCCUCCUCUCCCAGCCCCGCCAGCCCCCGGCCCGCSGYCGGAUCCCCGUCCCCKCAGCGCUCCCCCGGUCCCCGCAUCCCCCAGGUUCCCUCCGGCUCCCCCCGAGCAGCGGAGCGGGGUCCCGGGGUGACGGGCGGGCUCCCGUCCUCUCCGCGCCACCUCGGUGGUGCCACCUUCCCCCCGUCCCCAAAGCUGCCCCACGCCGGCGUCCCCAGCCCCUUGGUGGCCUCUGCCAGCCCCCCGCACCCUGCGGCCGCCUGGACCCCCGAGCAGCGCUCCACCCCGGGGGCACCCAGCAGCGCCCGCCCCGAGCCCGCCCCGUCCUACAACGGCUCCGAAAUCCGGUGGACACCGUACCGGGCGCUCUACCAGUACCGGCCCCAAAACGCCGACGAGCUGGAGCUGCGSGAGGGGGACAGAGUGGAUGUCAUGCAGCAGUGCGACGACGGCUGGUUCGUGGGMGUGUCCAGGAGGACGCAGAAAUUCGGCACUUUCCCCGGGAAUUACGUGGCCCUCUCAAGCCCCUCUUUGUGCGCUUGGGAUUUUUAA